CAGCAGCAAUGGGAGGCCAUACAGCACCCUAUGACAAAAUGGAAUCCACCAGCAGUGUGAGGAGACCUGAAAGUGGCACAUGGCAGAGUGUGGCGAUGGAGACAGCAGCAAUAGGAGGCCGUACAGGGACCCAUGACACACUCUGGACCUGGCAGCAGCAUGAGGAGGCGGUACAGGGGCCCAUGACAGAUUACGGGCCUGGCAGCAGCAUGAGGAGUCGGCGGUACAGGGGCCCAUGGCAGAGUGGCGGAGCGUAAGCAGCUAAAAUUGAAGGCCAUACAGAGGCCUAUGUUAAAAAGUCCCCCCAGCAGCAGUGUGGGGAGACGACUAUCAAGAGUCCAAUGGCAGAGUGGCGGAGCAGAAGCAGCUUCAAUUGAAGGCCAUACACAGGCCUAG